AUGCCCAGCGCAACCGCAUCCGGGGCCGAUGCCUCGUCUAGCGGUGGUGGACGGCACCGUGAGCACAACCAGGGCAACCAAGACCGGUCAUACACACCGGAGCAAAAGGCGGCGGUGCUGCGGAUUCGUCGCUGCCAGGCAACGGCCUUUUAUGAGAUCCUCGAUAUCGAGCGCACAGUGACGAGUGGCGAGGUAAAGAAGGCGUAUCGCAAGCAGAGCUUGUUGACGCACCCGGACAAGAACAGCCACCCGAACGCGGACGAUGCGUUCAAGAUGGUGUCGCGCGCCUUUGGCGUACUCGGGGACAAGGAGAAGCGGGAGAAGUUCGACCGGUACGGCACGGACCCAGACUCGCGGUUUGGCAGUGGCGGCGGUGGCGGCGGUGGCGGGGCGGGGAUGAACAACCCGUUCGCAUCGCGAGCAGGCGGUGGAGGAGGCGGCGGGAUGGGCGGCGGAUGGGAGGAGGACAUGAGCCCAGAGGAGAUGUUCCGGCGGUUCUUUGGCGGCGGCGGUGGCGGUGGGGGGUUCCCGUUCGGAGGCUUCGACACCGGACCACAGUUUGUCUUCAACAUGGGCGGCGGGCCCGGGUUCCGGGUGCAUCAGUUUGGUGGAGCGCGGCCACGGACGCGGCCACGACAAGCUGGCAACAACGCGCAGCAGCCACAGCAGGAUCAGAGUCUCUGGUCGACGGUUGUGGGCCUGCUGCCAAUCCUGAUCCUGUUUGUGCUGCCGCUGCUGUCGUCGCUCUUCUCGGGCGAAGGCACGUCACAGCCGGCGAUGCCGCGGAUGGUGUUUGACGCGGCCGAGCCGCCAUACACGCUGGGUCGGCGGACACCGAACAACGUCAAGUACUACGUGGACCCACGCGACUUCACGCCCUUCCAGGACAAUGCGCAGAAGCUGUCGCAGUUGGACAGCUACGCCGACGUCACGCUGGUGCGGACGCUGCGGGCGCAGUGCGAACGCGAGAUGCUGCAGAAGCAGCGGCUGAAGGAGGAGGCACAGGGCUGGAUCUUCCAGGACGCCGACAAGAUGGAGGUUGCCAACCGGCUCGAGAUGCGGGCGUGCGAUCGGCUCGAGAGGAUGAAUUAUGUGGUGCGACAAUGA